ACAUCUGGGGGGGUGAAGUCACGUCGACCCCUCGACGUUUGAUCGCGGGAAAGUCAGCAUUGUGUCACUUUGUAAUAUUUUGACAUUGGGGGAAAAACACAGAGCACAUAGCAGGUCUCCAAAAUAUGUUUCAUCAGCGUAAAAAGUGGAUGAGAGGCUUAAAAUACACAACAGAUGGACUCCAAAACUCCUUUUGGUGCAUGUCCUCAUCUUGAUUUGCAAGCUUUUGCUUCCAGGUUCUACCAAGAAGAAUACUUGGCUUUCCAAGUAUGAUCAUGACGACAAACAUUCAAAUAUAUGAUAAUGUAGUAGACACGAGUGUUUAUCCCCCCCCCCUCCCCCAAAGGCAGAGCUUUUAAUUCCUCCAGAGGAUAUUUAAUAUUAUAAACCAGUUUGAACACUUCAAUCAUUAUUCCGUUGCACUUAAAUAAUGAUUCAAAAAUUACGCAAAUGUUAAAAGCAAAAUUGUAGUUAAAUAAAAAAAAAAACAAAAAAAAAACACCUCUUAAAGAUUUAAGUUUGAAGUCCCGUGUGUACCAAACUGAGCAUCAAUGUGGAGUACUUUAUUCGUCUAGUUAUGUACUUCUAAAGAGAAGUGUUCUGGGAAUACUGCAAUAAUAAAAUAUGAAUAAAUAAAUAAAAUGAUGCAGCACGACGGUUCAGCUGGUCAAGCCUCACAGUUCUGAGGUCCCUGGUUCGAUCCUGGCCCCCGCCUGUGUGGAGUUUGCACGUUCUCCCCGUGCCUGUGUGGGUUUUCUCCGGGUGGGCACUCCGGUUUCCAUCCAACAUUAAUUGGACACUCUAAAUUGCCCCAAGGUGUGAUUGCGAGUGCGGCGGUUUGUCUCGGUGUGCCCCGCGAUCGGCUUGCGACCAGUCCAGGGUGUACCCCGCCUCCUGCCCCUUGCCGGCUGGGAUAGGCUCCAGCACGCCCCGUGAACCUCAUCAGGAUAAGCGGCUAAGAAAAUGGAUGGAUGGAAUUUACGAUCUACUUUUCGAAUCAGAAAUCAAGGGUAAAGCGUUUUUCAAACUAUUCAUUUUCGGUAACACAAAAAUGCGUACAAUAUCGCAACGUUGAUCAUUUAUGAGGCCUGACAAUUUGAAUUUUUUUGUAGAAAUUUUUUACAAGAAUAAUUGAAAUUGAUACUUUAGAUUCAGCUCCGGGCAUUGAGUUUGACACCUGUGCUGUACAUAAACAUCUGUAUCCAUGAGGCAAACAUAUUAAAGAUAAUGCAGCAUUCAUGAAAUCAGCCAACAUAAUAUAAACAAGCAUAUCCUUCAAAGUACUUGAAGUUUAAUUGCUCGCAUUCGAAUAUAAAAUUUUGCAUAUUAUACAGUCAGAAUGUAAAUGCCUGGGAAAUGUCAGAUAAAAAAAAAAAAAGGCGCAAGACUCGACCAAAGCCAAACAUCAAUGCACAAGCGGUGACUUCUUCUCAUAUCGUUCAAAUCUUAAUCUUUGAAGCUUCCCUCCCAUUAUUCAAUAACCGAUGCGGUGGCAGGAAACGGCCAGGAAAACUUCCACACCCCUGAUCUUAUCCCAAGCACUUCUCUCAACACGCACAUGAAAACGGGCCUCUUGCGUUGUGCUCGCUGGAGGGGGGAAAAAAGUCACAAUCAUUUCCAGUUUUCGACACAUUUGAUCAUAAAAGGACGGUAUGUUCUUCUUUUUAAAAGAAAACAGAAUCAAAGGGAAUUCUCUCUUUUGUGGAAGGAUUAGUUAUCGGCAAAUGGCAUAUUUCGCAAAGGAUAAAGAAUAUAUAUCUUCAUUUCCGGUCUAUAAGCUGCAAUUUUUCACACGCUGCGGUUUAUGCGGCGAUGCGGCUAAUUUGUGCACUUUUUUUUUUUUUUUUUUUUUUUUCAAGAGUGAGACCGGUGGAAUAUAUGUGCCGAGGAAGUGACCUUUACCGGUCCGGCCCUGUUAGCCCUGCGCUAGUGUGUUACUGCUGUGUCUCACUGAUUUUUACCGGUAUGUUUUUUUUCCAACCGGCUCUGUUAGGGCGGCGCCGCUAGCGUUAGCGUGGUGGCGCUAGCAUUAGCGCGGCGUCGCUAGUGUUAAACUGUCUGUGUAACAUCUUUCUUUGUAAAUAUCUCGUGUUUCAAUGUCGGUUUCAAUCUGGGCACUUGCAACUUUUACACAGCUGCAGCCCAUCAAUUACGGUAUCUUAGCGGUUUGAUUGUCUAUUUGUGUUGACGCACCGUGUGUGUUCAAAUAUCUGUUUCUCGUGUUGCGUUCACUGCCAUCAAGCAACUUGUGUCACAAUUUAUUGUUCAAACUCAUAUCUCAAGUCCGUUGCUAACCAAAACAGCGUCGCAAAAGCACAUAAGCAGUGCCUCACGCGACAGUUUCGCCAUAAUAGUUUUCAAACCGCACUUCGGCUUCACAUAAAUCACAAAAAGUAAGUGACGCAUCGCGCAAACACUUUCUCAUACGGUAUUUGUACAACGCUAGUCCUCCCCGCUAAUAAAUGCAAUGCGGUUCUGAAAUGAUGAACAAAGAGUUUGAACUAUGGCCCGACAAUAAUAAGUCAGCUACGCUAAGAUGUACGCGGGUCGUAAAUUCUCAAUUAAGUGAGCAAGCACCCGGCGUUAAAUUAUCGGUCCGAUUAGGACGCUACCGCCCUGCGAUUGGUACCGUUUCACAAUGUUGUGAUAGAGAUGCUUGAGGAGCACCAGCCAUUGAUUGGGGUUGCGGUGCGGGGAGGGGGGAGUGGAGUAGAUAUGGAGGAGUGUGAGGACACUGGUAGAUAUGAUGGGGGGGGGGGGGGGGGUCAAGGUUCUGAAGAUGAACCAGAAGGUGCUGGGAGGAUUGUAUGGAUGUCUGUGCUUGCCACAUUCCGAACAUGCCGUUGUAGCAGGCUAACGAGGGCUGGGUGUGGGUACGAGGGGGGUUGCAGCACCCCCAGUCCCCCCGCAAUGAAAUUCAGUAGACUACAGGACAGAAAAGUUGGACGGGAUGGAGCGACUGAGCUCACAAGUGAGGAAUUCAAACGCCGGACGUGAGAGGGCAGGGCCCGAUGCCACUAGUUGUGUGCGUGUGUGUGCACGGCACGCAUCCAAAUCCAUGGUGAUUAAGUAACACCCACCUCUGACAUCCGAAGCGGAAAGGAUGGCUCUGCGUUCCACCAAUUGCUCCAAAUUCGUGAUUUUUUUUUUUUUUUUAAACGAUUGUUUGGAAAUAUCACGCUUGAAAAAAAAAAAAAAUAAUAAUAAUAUGAGGCCUCGUUUGAUAAUGUCACUUGUACUUUUGGCUGGCUAAUUUGUUGGAGUUUCCGUCGCUCGGAUUAAUGUUCCUCUUUUGAUGCUCAAUAAUUGAGGUCGGUAUGAACAGUGAGGGCGGCUGGUAAAGCGUUGGCCUCACAGUUUUGAGGUCCCGGCGUCGGUCCCGGCCCCGCCUGUGUGGAGUUUGCAUGUUCUCCCCGCGCCUGCGUGGGUUUUCUCCGGGCACUCCGGUUUCCUCUCACAUCCCAAAGGAUGAUUCUGAGUGUGACUGUUUGUCUCCUUGUGCCCUGCGAUUGGCUGGCAACCCGUUGACAGCUGGGAUUGGCUCCGGCACUCCCCGCGACCCCCGUGAGGAUAAGCGGCAAAGAGAAUGGAUCUGUGGGGAUGUCAGAAUUUCCGUCUCUCAAAACACUAAGUCACAUCAACAAUGAAAACCACCUAUUAAAUGUGUAGUCUUACAGGUGCAUCUGCACAAUUCUGUAUUUCAAUUUUUAUCAGUCAAUCAUUUCCAACUUAUCCAGAUUUCUGAAUUACAUAGGAAAAGUCCCAUCUCAUUUCUAUAUUAGAGUUAAUUCUCCUUAUGUCAAAUUUUCCUGAAAUUGAAAAUUUCACAUUUCCAAUAGCUAUAGGCUCCAAUAAAAAUUAAAAUAUAAUGUGUGUGCACCCGCAGAUAGUGAAACCCUGGUCUACUACGUACAAACGUCGGUGACUCAACUGCCUACGACACGAAUUAAAGAGACUUGUUUGACAUUCAACCAUCUUGAGGCACAAAUUGACGCAGUGCACUACGGUGGCAUUCUCGGGCCAGUCUUUUCCUGUUAGUGCUUCCGAUGACCUUUUUGGACGUGUUCUUACGGGCUCGCCCUACGGCGGCCGAGUAAACCCCCGGCGUCGGAGAGCGGUAGUAUGACAUCCCCGCUUCUAAUGAUGUCACAGCUUUCGUACGCCGCCCGGGGGGGAAUAUUCCGAGAGGUGGCGGCGCACAGGAAGGCGAUGCGUGCGUCGAGCCGCACGCGAAUGACAGCCGUGAUUCAGGAUUUGCCCGAGUACCAUGUCAAAUGUUUGACCCCACUUUAACCUGGCUCGGCCCCACCCCUUCGCUCUACUCGUCACUAUUAAAGACAAGAUUCAGAGAGGGACCAUCACUGCGUAAUCCAAGAAAGGACCACCUCCUCGCACUGCAGGAUGCCGGGAAAGCUCACGUCAGGUACUACCGUCGCUCUGCGUGCCGUCUUCGUUCUCUGCAUUUAUCGUGUCAAUCCCUCCGCCCAGUUUGGCUGUUACUGGCCGGUCUCACGUCAGGCGGCGGACCCACUUCGGUGACUGCGGCGCCCGUCUGCGCCAACGGCCAGGCCGGGUGCCGCGUCCGCUCGUUGGCCAACCUGUUCGACAGAGUCAUCCAGCACUCGGCCAGGAUGCACGGCAUCUCCGAUGACCUUCACUCCGACUUUGAGCAGUUCUUCGUGCCUAGUAGGAAUCACAUUGGAAGGCUCAGUCGCAACUGUCACACCGCCCACCUCAUCACCCCAGACGGCAAGGAGAACGCUCAGAGAAUAGCGCGCGAGGAGCUCACCGAGGUGAUCCUGAAGCUCCUGGUGGCGUGGAGAGACCCCCUCUGGCACUUCCACCAGAUGGCGGCCCACCACCACGACCCGGCCAACUUCAGCUCCGACAAAGCCCUCGAGAUGAGCGACAUGGUGCGUGAGCUACGCAUAGGCGUGGAGAAAGUGGCCCAGAAGAUGCAGACACUGGGGAUGAUCAGCAACUCCGUCAGCAGCCCGUCGUCUCCGGAGGACCUGGCCCCCUCGGGAACCGGCGAGUGGCGCCUGAUGAAAGACCACGAGCUCCUCUACUGCUUCCGCCGUGACUCGGACAAGAUCCAGAACUAUCUGAAGAUCCUCAAGUGUCGCAUCGUACCCGACCACGGCUGCUGAACGGGAGACAAGUAUCACGGAACCAUUUGGAAUCAAGAAGCUCCCCUUCCUAACUACACAGAUACUGUGAAAA